ACGGAGGAUAAUUACAACAAUCCGGAUGCCGCAGGAUCCGGGGCCCAAGAAGCGCCCGAAAAGGUACGGCGUGUUCAACACCUCUAAUCAACGGCCGCAUCGAUCCCCGGGAAGGAUCCCGGCGGCUGCCAAUUUCUGCGUGCCACAAGCUAGGACAUUGUGCGGUUUAGUGGCGUCUGAGGCGGACGCGUGCGAGCGAGCGAGGACUGCCGUUGCUGCCGACAAGUGCUGCCGAAAAGAUCGAGAAGGAACUGGCGAGGUGGAAUGCAGCUGAUCCUGCUUGGCGGGCGGUAUGGCUUCCCGGCGCUGGCGUUCUCGCGGUCAGCGAGGUGCACGGUCUCUCGCAGGCGAGUGCGCGACCGUCCCGCCCACAGACUUCUAUAUAACAACUAGACUGCUAACUUCUUAUAUUUUGACUUUACAUUCCUGUCCCCCAAAAGUAUGUGCUAAAAGUGUGUUGCUGCGCGUGCGCCAAAUAAGCGCACAAGGAAUGUUGUUUGUGAUUGUGAAUGUUGAUUGUGAGCAUAUGGCCGCAUAAAUAGUGUGUAGUGUAUAGUGUAGUGUAAGAAUUUGGGAAAAUAUAAAAGAAGUCAACAUGCCGCACAAGUGUGUCAUAGAUGAAUGUCAAAAUGUACAAAGAAAAAACUGUGGAAUUUCUUUCUUUAAAUAAAUGGACUACAGCUAUUAAAAAUAAAAUACACUGCCCUAUAACUACAAGUAGUAUAAUUUGUGAGCGACAUUUUAAAAAAGAAUUUCUUUCUGGACGAGAAAGAAAAAGAUUAAAAAUAAAUGCAAUUCCAACAGAAUUUUUAAUGCUACAAACAGACCCAUUGAAAGAACUAAAUAAUCUAAUAAAUUUAUAUGGACAUGUUAAUACUGACAGCAGAGAAGUAAUUGUCGCAAUAGCUGCAGGUUCUACCAUGUGUAGCAUGGAUGAAAAUAUUGCACUUGAUCUUACUGACAGCAGAGAAGUAAUUGUCGCAACAGCUGCAGGUUCUACUAUUUGUAGCAUGGGUGAAAAUGUUGCACCUGAUCUUACUGAUUGCAGAGAAGCUGUAGGUCCUACCAUUUGUAGCAUGGAUGAAAAUAUUGUACCUGAUCUUAUAGAAGCAGAAAGAACUGUUGGGAAAGAUGCACAUUUUAACAUGGAUGUACAUAUUGUAUCUGACCCUGCAGAAGGUAUGCACGCAUAUGCCUAG